GCUGAAACCAGCCGGACUGCGAGGUAUGGCGGGCACCGUGCUCGGAGUGGGAGCCGGCGUGUUCAUCUUCGCUCUGCUCUGGGUGUCGGCGCUGCUGCUGUGUGCGCUGCUGUCCAGGGCCUCCGGGGUAGCCAGGUUCUCCGUGGUCUUCGUGUUCCUCGGUGCUCUGAGCGUCACAGCAGCUCUGCUGCUCCUCCCCCGAGCCAGUGAAAGCCCCGCCCCAGAGGUCGAAAUGAAGAUUGUGGAUGCCUUUUUCAUUGGUCGCUACGUCCUGCUGGCCUUCCUCACUGCUGUCUUCCUCGGAGGUCUCUUCUUGGUUCUAACGUACCACAUCCUGGAGCCAAUCUAUGCCAAACCACUGAGGUCCUACUGAGUGCUGUUCACGAAAACCAAGACUCCGUCCUCUCUCUCGCUUUGAUGGGAUUGAUGAGCAGAAAGGCGCCGCUCGGAGCUUUGUUUUGAUGGCCUUUGGGCCUUAAGGUCCGGGAACGUCCAUUCACUGCCGAGACGUCCCUUGAGUCCUCGCUGCCAGGCACGGGUUGCAAAACUGUCUCUUUGGAGGUGGAUUCCCAGUAGCUUACGAGGGAUGGUGCGCUCUCAGCACCUGCACCUCAGGUUCUCCAUCUGGUGAGGGGAAUAGUAACAGUGAUCUGCUUCGAGGAGAUUUUCAACCAAAUGUCAGUAAGUGGAUUUCGGGAAAAGGUACACUUGGCUCCUGCUGUCCAAUAAAUGAGAAUUUGGUCCUUUAGAUAAUACAUAAAGUUCUUAGUUUUAAGGUUGGGGUCGUGUGCAAAGGAAAGGCACUCAGAGUUCAAAAGGUGAUGUUCCUGGGAUGAGUGGGAAGACUUACUGGGUGUCAGCCACUGAGCACCGCGUGUCGGCCACAGCCUCCGCAGGGCCCUCCCUGCUCUCGACGCAGCACACGCCCCAGCUGAGCACUGGCCGCACUUCAGACUCGGCCCCAGCGUCCUGAAUCCCGCACUAGGUGUUUCAGGUUUACUUAGGGAUCAGCGGAGGGUGCGGGAGUGCUGGUUGUUGGUCUUGCCACUCUGUGUCUCUGCAUUCCUUUACUCCCAGGAUUUGGUGGCCGUCGGUGGCCUUAUCUAAUGACCGUAGAACCCAUUCAGGUUACUGUCAUCUUUGUAGCCCUUUCUCCAAAGCCGAUGAGGAAUGUAUAUCCCAGGGUCAGACAUCACUGACACCGUCUAAGAUCCUAGGCCAAGCGAAGCCUGUCGCUGAGCCGAGGGGCACCGGGCUGGCUCCUCUCUGGCAGUCUCAUCGCGACCCCGGAGCUGCCUGAACAAGGGUCUCCCAGUGUAAAGUUAAGGACUGGAAAACAGGUUGAAAAAAGAACUUUUAGCGCAUGCUAUCUGCCAGCCAUACUCCAGUUCCUUGAGAUGGAAUCUAUGUAAUCUUUACGACAGUCUGUUAUUACCCCCCAUUUUAAAGUUGGAAAAAUAAAGGCUUAAAGAGAUUCACUACCUUGUCCAAGCUUCACAUAAGGCGAGUGUACACACCCAGGUGUGGCAGCCCCCGAGGCCUGUCUUGGACUGAAAAGAAAACAGCAGCUUUGGGAACUGUGCUUGAGAGUGUGAGGAACUCAGGGCCUCUUCCCUGCUUUCUCUCCUGGACCCUCUUGUCACUGCAGAGAAGAUCCCCCGCCCUGCCAUCCAAAGGUGGAGGGACG